CUCUCCUCUUUUUUACCUUUUCUUUUUUCUUUUUUUUUUUUAUUUUUCCCACUUCACUUUCUUUACUCAUAAUUAUUAUUUCCUUCCAUUUCCAUCUUCCUCAGAUUUUUUUUGCUUUCAAUUUUUCUUUUUUGCCUCCAUCUCAUCUCAAAUCAAAUCAAAUCCCUCUCUCUAAUCUUCCCUUUUCUUGCGGCGCUAAUCUUUUCUCUUUCUACUUUCAAGUGUAUCAAUCGUUAAAGUGCUGGAUUAUACAUCUUUAUGAUGAUAUUGCGUUUUACUAGAGAUUCUAAUGCUGUUUUGUGUUCUUCAUAAUCUUGUUGUUGGAUCUACUGGCUGUGUGGCCCCAAGAGCAUGGGAAGUAAACUACAAGAAAUGGAGAGAAUGAUUUGUUGUUGUAAAACCAUUUCUGGAUGGGAAAGGGCUUCUAUGGGGUAAUAGGUUGGGGCGAAAUGAUUUUACAUUUCAAAUAUUUGACAACAUGGAGGAGACACAUGAUGAUACUGGACAAGCAGAACAGGGGCCUUCAAGUUCUACCUGGUGGGCUUCAGAUUUUGUGGAAAAUUUUGGAUCAGUUUCUUUGAAUUCUCAAGAGGACAACUUGAGUUGCAAGGAAACCAUUAGACAUAGUGAAGGAGAUGAGCCGUCUACUGCAUCGCAGAUUUUAUGGAGCACUGGAGUACUUUCUGAACCUAUUCCGAAUGGCUUUUAUUCUGUUGUUCCGGAUCAGAAGCUUAAGGAGAUGUUCGAUCGCCUUCCUACACUUGAAGAACUUUCUUCUUUGGAAGGUGAUGGCCUCAGGGCUGAAAUUAUUCUUGUAGAUGCCCAAAGAGAUAAAAAACUUCAUAUGCUGAAGCAACUUAUCACUGCUUUAGUGAAAGGAUUGAACUCUAAUCCGGCUGCUGUAAUAAAGAAGAUUGCGGGAUUGGUUUCGGAUCUUUACAAACGUCCUAACUCGGAUUCCAGUCCUGUAAAAUCCCUACUAGAUGAAGCUUCUCAUGGCACAAUGGCUCGUGGGGUUCAGUUGCUGGGACAAAUAAAAAAUGGUUCCUGUCGUCCUCGUGCAAUUUUGUUCAAAGUGCUUGCUGAUACUGUAGGGUUAGAGAGUAAGCUUAUGGUGGGAUUGCCCAAUGAUGAAAGAAUAGAGUGUGCAGAUUCAUAUAAGCACAUGUCUGUGGUAGUAGUGUUGAAUUCAGUGGAGCUUCUGGUUGAUCUAAUGAGGUUUCCUGGUCAACUGAUACCUCGAUCCACCAGGGCCAUUUUUUUAACCCAUAUUUCGGCUGCAGGGGAGAGUGACUCUGCAGAAAAUGAUUCAUGUGACUCUCCACUUGAGCCCAACAGUCCUUUGUAUGGAUUUUCUGAAAGAGCUGAUCAAGACAGUGCAGAAAAAGACGAUAUUGGUCUAUUUGCAAAGAGAUUUGAUAUUCCUUCAUUACAGAACAGAGUGCUUAGGUCUGCCUCUGGUAUUGAAAGAAUAUCGAGUGAUCCGAACAUUGCGACGACAUUUUGGCGACGGAGUCAGAGGAAGGUCAUUGCUGAACAUUGGACUGCUAGUUCAAGUCCUGAGCAUCCCUCACUUCGUGCACGUGGUCGAUCUAUGCUGGGCGGUGAGAGAAAAUCUCUGAGAGAAUUUGCUGAUGAUGCUGGUUCAUCAAGAUCAGUUGGUGCUGCAACACCUGAAGCUCGUAGAUUUCGGCGAAGGAGCAUUAGUAUCACCCCGGAGAUUGGUGAUGACAUCGUGAGGGCGGUACGAGCGAUGAAUGAGACACUGAAGCAGAAUCGUAUUUCAAGAGAGCGGGGUGAGGAUAGAUCUCUUCCCACUUCACCAAGCAGGAGAAACGGUGGUGGCAAUCCCGAGAUAAAUGCAUCUGAUUUCCGUCUUGGCAGUCGAGAUGAAAUAUCUGGAACUAGAUCUGCUUUGUAUUCCCUGCACGGGGAACAAAGUUCUCAAAAGGCUAUAUCAUUGCCUUCAUCUCCUCAUCAAUAUCGAAGUCGAACGCCAGAGAGGAGCAGGACAGAAGAACAAGCUCCCAGUGAUGAAAUGGUGUCUACAUGGAAUAAGAUCUUAGAAACGUGCAUGUAUCGUGACAAGUCUCUGCUUCCUUAUGAAGAAUGGAACAUUGAUUUUUCUGAGUUGACUGUUGGGACUCGUGUUGGGAUUGGGUUCUUUGGGGAGGUUUUUCGAGGAAUAUGGAAUGGGACUGAUGUUGCCAUCAAAGUGUUUCUGGAGCAGGAUUUGACUUCUGAAAAUAUGGAGGACUUCUGCAAUGAAAUAGCCAUUCUUAGUCGCUUGCGACACCCGAAUGUUAUUUUAUUCCUUGGUGCGUGCACAAAACCGCCACGCUUAUCAAUGGUCACUGAAUACAUGGAAAUGGGUUCCUUGUAUUAUCUGAUCCACUUAAGUGGUCAGAAGAAGAAGCUUAGCUGGAGGAGGAGAUUUAAAAUGUUACACGAUAUAUGCAGAGGUUUGAUGUGCAUACACCGAAUGAAGAUUGUCCACCGUGAUCUGAAGAGUGCUAAUUGUCUUGUGAACAAGCAUUGGACAGUGAAGAUAUGUGAUUUUGGGUUGUCAAGGAUAAUGACCGAGUCACCUAUGAAAGACUCUUCAUCUGCUGGAACUCCUGAAUGGAUGGCUCCAGAACUCAUCCGAAAUGAGCCGUUUAGUGAGAAAUGCGACAUAUUUAGCCUUGGGGUCAUCAUGUGGGAGCUUUGUACUCUGACCAGGCCAUGGGAAGGCGUACCACCAGAAAGGGUAGUUUAUGCCGUUGCAAAUCAGGGUUCACGCUUAGAACUUCCUGAAGGACCUCUUGGCCAACUCAUUGCAGAUUGCUGGGCAGAACCACAUGAACGGCCGAAAUGCGAGGACAUACUUUCCCGUUUGCUUGAUUGCGAAUAUGCACUCUGUUAAUCUUUGUGUAUAGGAAAACAUUGGUUAGAACUGUCAGUGUUUCCAACCCCCCUUUGUCGCGAGUCCGUUCCGUAGAUGAUAUUUCCAAUUUUGAAAUGGAAAAAGAAAAAUAGACAACAUUUUAAUGAAUUUCAGAUCAAUCGUCUUUUCUCAUUGAAGUGAAA